AUGCGGUUCCGGUUCGGGGUGGUGGUGCCGCCCGCGGUGGCCGGGGCUGGGCCGGAGCUGCUGGUCGUGGGGUCGCGGCCCGAGCUGGGGCGCUGGGAGCCGCGCGGGGCCGUGCGCCUGAGGCCGGCGGGCACCGCGGCGGGCGCGGGGGCGCUGGCGCUGCAGGAGCCGGGCCUGUGGCUCGGGGAGGUGGAGCUGGCGCCCGAGGAGGCGGUGCAGGACGGGGCGGAGCCGGGCCGCGUGGACACGUUCUGGUACAAGUUCCUGAAGCGGGAGCCGGGAGGAGAGCUCUCCUGGGAAGGCAAUGGACCUCACCAUGACCGUUGCUAUACUUACAAUGAAAACAACUUGGUGGAUGGUGUUUAUUGUCUCCCAAUAGGACACUGGAUUGAGUCAACUGGGCACACCAAUGAGAUGAAGCAUACCACGGACUUCUAUUUUAAUAUUGCAGGCCACCAAGCCAUGCAUUACUCAAGAAUUCUACCAAAUAUCUGGCUGGGUAGCUGCCCUCGUCAAGUGGAACAUAUAACCAUCAAACUGAAGCAUGAAUUGGGGAUUACAGCUGUAAUGAAUUUCCAGACUGAAUGGGAUAUUGUACAGAAUUCCUCGGGCUGUAACCGCUACCCAGAACCCAUGACACCAGACACCAUGAUUAAGCUCUAUAGGGAAGAAGGCUUGGUCUACAUCUGGAUGCCGACACCAGAUAUGAGCACCGAAGGCCGAGUGCAGAUGCUGCCCCAGGCGGUCUGUCUCCUUCACGCGCUGCUCGAGAAUGGACACACCGUAUACGUUCACUGCAACGCUGGGGUCGGCAGGUCCACGGCGGCCGUCUGCGGCUGGCUCCAGUACGUGAUGGGCUGGAAUCUGAGGAAGGUGCAGUACUUCCUCAUGGCCAGAAGGCCAGCUGUGUACAUUGACGAAGAUGCACUGGCCCGGGCAGAAGAAGACUUUUUUCAGAAAUUUGGGAAGGUUCGUUCUUCCAUAUGUGGUGUGUAG